GUGCGGCUCCCGCAGCCUGCGCUUAUGGGGACGCGGUGUUCCUGGCCCCUUCAUUGCCUCCGGAAGCGGCCCCACCGCGUCCUUGAGGAGGAGAGCCCGCUGGUGUGCUGGCCCUGUGGGCCGGUACUGGCGCCAAAGUUAAGAAAACCUCAAGGAGGAAAGCAAGAGAAAAAAGUUAUCCAUCCCUACAGCAGAAAAGCUGCACAGCUUGCAAGGGAAGUACACAAGCAGGAAAAGAAAGAAAAGUUGAAGACUGACAAAGCUUUGCGUUUAAGUAUUAUUGGAGAAAAACUGCAAUGGUUUCAAAGUCACCUUGAUCCCAGUAAAAUCGAGUACACAAAGAAGGAAGCUGGUGAACUAAUUGAAAAUUAUAUGUGUCGAUUCAAUGCUGAACUGGAGCAGAUUGAAUUACAAAACAGUAUUAAAGGCAGACAAGGAAGACAGCAUGGUUCACGGGAAACUGUCAUCAAGCAGACAAUCGAACGUGAAAGACAACUCUAUGAGGGCUAUGGAAUGGAAAUCCCAGACAUUAUGAACAGAAAGCAUCUGAAAUUUUUCAGAGAAUGGGAUGGUGAUCUGAGGAAACUGCCAAACAUUAAAAUGAAAAAGCUCUCUGCUAGGGAUGCUGCCUGCAGUCACCCCGAGGUGACAGAUGCAGAAGCAAAAGAAGACUUGAAGGAAGAAGAAGAGGUGGGCCCUGAUGAACACCAGUUGAUCCAAGAGCUGAAAUAGUGAAAAGAAUUUUAAGAAAUCUAUUUAAAUUUUCACUGGAAACAAAAAUAAAAUUUAACUAUAUUUCUAAA